AUAUAAUAGAGGUGAAAUUAGUAUAAAAGUGUAAUUGGUGCUGUAAUUUCAGUAUUGUCGUUAUAGGUAGCCAUGUUGCGUUUGUUUUUGGUUGUCUGUUUUGUUGUUUCAUCACAAGCAAGGACCCCCGAAGAGAUCAAGAAAUGGUUCCUGCAGCUCGGCAUGGAGUGUAACAACGAGCACCCCAUCUCCCCGGACGAGAUGGUCAUGCUGCAGAAACACAAGAUCCCUGAGAGCGAAAAUGUCAAGUGUUUAAUGGCUUGCGUUUUCAGGAAACCUAAGUGGUUAUCAGAAAGUGGGACCUUUGACAUUGACGCGGCAGAAAAGAUGAUCGACAAAGAAUACGGAGACGACAAUGAGAAGAAAACGAACGCUAAGAAACUAUUCGACGAGUGUCGCUCAGUGAAUACUGCGGCAGUCUCCGACGGGACCGCCGGUUGUGAGAGGUCCUACCUUCUGACAGAAUGUCUCAUCGAGCACGCUCCUAAGUUCGGUUUUGACUUGAAACACGUGCAAUUGUGAAAAAGAGGUGAUUUGCUCCACAUAGCCAGAACAUGAUUAUACCCUAAGUGACCAAUUAUACUUUUUAAGAUAA